AUGAAGUUAUUUAAACGAAGAAAUUUCUAGAAAGCUCAUCCAGAAUUUAUUCAUAUAUAUAUAUAUAUUUAUAUAACACUCGAGUCGAACCCUAUAGAGACAAAGUUAUCCCAAGACAAGAAAAUCGUGAGUUGAGAGAAAUCAUCAUGGCUACCGAAGAUGUUAAUGGCGUUACUCACGACUUAUCGGCUCUUUUUUCCUCUGGUGAGAGGGACUUUCUCGUCCGCAACAAUGGUGACCAGGUUAACAUUAGUAGCUUGAAUGGGAAGAUUAUUGGAUUGUAUUUUUCUGGAUCAUGGUGUGGUCCGUGCCGCCGUUUUACCCCCAAAUUAGUAGAACUCUACAACGAGAUUGCUUCGAAAGGAGACUUUGAAGUGGUGUUUGUGUCUUCUGAUCGAGAUGAUGAUUCAUUCAAUGACUACUUCUCUGAAAUGCCAUGGCUUGCCAUCCCCUUUUCUGAUCCUGACACCAUAAAACCCUUGAAGGAGUUGUUUAAUGUCAGGGGGAUUCCUAAGCUUGUCAUUAUUGACUCAAAUGGGAAGGUUUCCACGGAGAAUGGGACCUCGGUUGUGACGGAAUAUGGUGUUGAUGGCUAUCCCUUCUCUCGUGAAAGAAUUGAUUUCUUGAAAGAGCAAGAAGAAGAAGCUAAGAGAAACCAAACCUUGAGUUCUAUUCUGGUUUCUAGCUCCCGGGAUUAUCUGCUUUCGAAAGAUGGGAAUCAGGUUCCUGUCUCUGAGCUUGAAGGUAAAACGGUUGGUCUCUACUUUUCAGUGAGUUCUCAUGAACCAUGUGUUGAAUUUACUACUACACUUGUCGAGGUUUACAAUAAGCUCAAGGAGAAAAGCGAGAAGUUUGAAAUUGUCUUGAUAUCUUUGAACUAUGAAGAGGAAGAGUUCAAGAAAGGAUUGGAAACAAUUCCAUGGUUGGCCUUGCCAUUUAAGGAUAAGAUCAUUGAAAAACUUGUGCGUUACUUUGAACUUUCAACCAUUCCUACGCUAGUUAUAAUAGGUCCGGAUGGGAAGACUGUGAGUUCCAAUGUUGCUGAAAUAGUUGAAGAUCAUGGCAUUGAUGCCUACCCUUUUACACCAGAGAAGCUUGCUUCGCUUGCUGAGAUUGAGAAAGCAAAACAGGAAUCACAAACACUGGAGUCGUUGUUGGUUUCUGGAGAUAAUGAUUUUGUAAUUGGCAAAAAUGGUUCUAAGGUGCCAGUUUCUGAACUAGUUGGAAAGAACAUUGUUCUCUAUUUCUCUGCUCACUGGUGUCCACCAUGCCGUGGAUUCACGCCUAAGCUUAUCAAGGCAUAUCAGGAAAUCAAAGAGAAAGAUGAUGCGUUUGAAGUAAUCUUCAUCUCAAGUGACUCUGACCAGUCCUCCUUCGAUGAAUACUUCUCCAUCAUGCCUUGGCUAGCCCUUCCAUACGGAGAUUCAAGGAAGAAACUUCUGAACCGGAGAUUUAAAGUUGAAGGCAUUCCAACAGCCAUAGCCAUUGGCCCUUCUGGUCGAACUGUGACAAAGGAAGUUGUAGAAUUCGUAAUCGAACAUGGGGCUAAAGCUUAUCCAUUUACUGAAGAGCAGUUGAAGCAUUUGGAGGAACAGGAAGAAGAAGUGGCAAAGGGGUGGCCUGAGAAAUUGAAACAUGACCUUCAUGCUGAACAUGAGCUUAAGCGGACUCGUCGCAAAGGAUAUUGCUGCGAUGCUUGUGAUGAAAUGGGAAAGGGAUGGUCUUUCUACUGUGAGGAAUGUGACUUUGAUCUCCAUCCAAAAUGUGCUUUGGAGAAGGUAAAAGAAGAGGGUCAAAAUGGUGUUGAUGUUCAGAAUGGAAAGGCGGGGAUUGUAUGUGAAGGUGAUGUGUGCCGCAGGGUUUGAGAAACCGUUUAAAUAAAACUAAGCUACGUAUGUGUGUAUUUCUAUGGUUUGCAGCUCCGCUCCCAUGGUGUGUUGUCAUCUGAUUGUUAUACAUUACAAAUGUUGCUUGUUGUUUGACUAUGUAUGCAAAUAAUUCUGCUGGGCAGAUGUUAUAUGAUGAGUAUGUUUCAUGA